AAAGUGAUGAUGAUGGGGAGAAACGUGCUGGGGAACGUUUAUUAAAUCUUCUUAAAACGUUGGACGCAAAAAAUGUGGCUGUAAUUGUUACGCGAUGGUUUGGUGGAAUUUCGCUUGGUCCUGUUAGAUUUGAACAUAUUGUAAAAUGUGCAAGAGAAGUUUUGGAUCAAGGUCCUUUUUUAUCCAAGAGUGUGUCUACAUCUUCUUCAUCAAAGCGAUCUGUUUCGUCGAGUACAAUUCUUGUAAAUGGAUGUCAGCGCGGCAAUCCAAUCUUGCAAUUCAUCCGUAACGUACCAUGGGAAUAUAGCGAAAUUGCCCCGGAUUAUUUGUUAGGGCGGACAACUUGCGCUUUAUUUCUUAGGUAUAACGACUUCACUUCGACAUAUAUUAAUUUAUGCGCU